AUGAUCACCUUCAUGGCUUCCGUUCAAGGGAAAAUCUACUCCACCAAUUUGACUAAAGGCAUGUGCACCAUGGAUUUCUCAUCCUGCAAUUCCACAACAAAUCCUCAAAACCACCCUACAUUCCAAAAAUUCAAUGUCCCUUUGGCCAAUCUCCCUAAAGGAGUGUCCAUGGGUAGACACUGGUUGGUUGAGUCGCAGGAUAAACUCUUUUUAGUCACCACCUGCUUUGUUGGCUUUGAUCUAAACAACAUUGGCACCGUAGAGGUGCAUAGGAUGGAUUUCUCCUCAACACAAGCUUGUUGGCGCAGUGUGCAUGACAUUGGAGAUGUUGUGUUUCUCUUGGAGGGUACAAACAUGGCGGCUUCUUGCUCGGCGAGCGCUCUGGGACUGAAAGCAAACCAGAUAUUCUUUAUGAAGGAUGUCAUGGAUGCUGAUGCUGAUUUGUGCAUUUUUGACUUAGAAACAAACACCCAACAGAUUACCCGAGUCCACCAUCAUGACAACUUGAUUCUCUGGCGCAAACCUUUCUGGAUUGUGCCACCUAGCUAG